CCUAAGAAGAAUUUAUUUGUGAGAAGAGAAACAUGAUGUUGAAAAUUGAUUGAAAAAAAUCGCCGGAAUGGCAGCGAUACAGCGAUUAUCCCCGCAGAGGACGACGUCGCGACGCCACGUGCGGACAUAUAUAUAUAUAUAUAUAAAAAAAUCGCGACCUCGCCAUAGUCUCGCUAUAGAAUCCGCGAGUGCAACAGUUUAAGUUAAGACGCGAGGGGAGUAGAAAGUUGUAGUCCCGUUGCGUUUUCAAAUCGAUACCAACAAUUACAGAAGGGCACGCUAUACGUAAAUACGCUCCUCCCCAGAUCCACCCCUACAUUUGGUCGCGAGAUCGUCGAAGGCGCGUCGCGAUCGCGCACCCUUGAUCGCAAUCCUUUGUCCUCCUCUUUUUCUCUCGAUCGGGGGCGGGCAAUUCCGCUAGUUCGUCGCAGCCAGUGUAGCGCGCGAAUUUAUUAUUUAACGGGAAUAAUCGAUGGCUUAUGGAUACGUGUACCCGGGGUACGUAUCCCUCGCGAUAGUCGUCAUUUUCGCGAUGGUGACGCGGCGCGUGGCAGGAAAAGCCGUUCCUCGUCCUCGUCUGCCGCCACGAAUCGGCGGCGCGUGAAAGUCGCGAAGUCUCCCGGAUUGGGGAUAACGAGGAAGCGCAUGACGAGCGUCUCUCCGCGGUUAACCAUGCUGGCGAGAUUCCGCAACAGCUUCCGCUGCGGCAUGCCCAAAUGCCCGAGUAUUCGUAUUCCAGGGAUGGAGAAGCCGGAGUCCUCCGCGGCGGGCGAGAGCGCCGGAGACUCCGGAGAGCUCGAAGAUCGGGAUCCCAACAGCUUGAAUCAACAUCUUCAGGUGAUGUGGGAUGACGUGAUUGGCGAACCGGAAGGGAUCCGGAGUCCUGAAUGCGCUUGGCGGCUCAGCGGCCAUUGUUUCCGGCUCUCCAGAGGAUGCUGCUACGUGCUCCUCUCCGUCCUCAUUGCGCCUCUGCUCGCCCUGCUGUUGGGCUUCACGUUCGCCUGCCUUGCGUUUCAGCAUAUAUGGUGUCUCGCACCGUGUCUGCGCGUGUGGAAGAUCACAUGCGCGGCGACGCGAAAUUUCUUGGCGGCGGUGACGCAGGCAAUCGUACGGCCGAUCAUGGAGGGGUUGGGUUACCUCUGCUACAAUAUCCGUGUAUUUAAUCAGAGGCUACCGGAUGGGCCUCACCAGAAGGAGGACCUGCUGAUCGUGUAAUCCGACGAUCUCACCGGCAUCCCAUCUUCGAUGGGCCCACUUUUCGCAUGUGAUAACGGCUCUUCGUUAUCGCGGUUUCCGCAUCCCUAUGAGCUAUGAACACGCCGCGACGUGAUCGCACGAACCGUGCAUGUCGGUAGUGCUACAAUGUUUUAGAGUUAAAGCGGCGAGGGUGGUGUCUCGUAUAAUUAUAAAACGAAACGCGAGCGAAAUUUAUUACAAUUGAAUUGAUCAUCUGUGAAAUA